AUGGACGAGUCGGCGUUGGAGCGAUACUUCGAUGACUCCAUUGCAAAUGACUCCAGCUUCGUGUUGGGGGAGGGGCUUGGCAUCCGAAGCCCCGCCCAACAGCAAUGUGACUCCGCCCCCUCAGCGCAGGACUCCUCCUUCCUGUCGACGAAGUCUGAACGACGCGGCGAGCUGGGCGACGAGCUCGACCUCAGCUUCCUGCCCGAUGACCUCAGCACUCAGGAGGAGCCGAGUCAUGAAGAUGCAGCAGACAGUCAGACUGCAGCUCUGGACGUGACUCAGGACAGCGGCGUCGGUCUGGACCUCACCUCCCAGGAAUCCACGGCAGUCGAACCCCACCAGGUGGCGUCCACGUCAGGGCUGAAGACCGGUGCGUCCCCCUUCUGUCCAAUGACGCCGAUGACCCCGAUGACACCGAUGACCCCUGUGACGGAGCGAUCAGGAAUCAUCCCACAGUUACAGAACAUCGUCUCCACGGUGAACCUCGGCUGUCCUCUGGAUCUGAAGUUCAUCGCUCUGCAGGCCAGAAACGCAGAGUACAACCCAAAGCGCUUCGCGGCCGUCAUCAUGAGGAUCCGCGAGCCGCGAACCACAGCACUGAUCUUCAGUUCAGGGAAAAUGGUCUGUACAGGAGCCAAGAGUGAGGAGCAGUCUCGGCUGGCGGCCCGUAAAUACGCCCGGGUGGUUCAGAAGCUCGGCUUCCCCGCUCGCUUCCUGGACUUUAAGAUCCAGAACAUGGUGGCCAGCUGUGACGUGUGUUUCCCCAUCAGACUGGAAGGACUGGUUCUGACCCACCAGCAGUUCAGCAGUUAUGAACCUGAGCUGUUUCCAGGCCUCAUCUACCGGAUGGUGAAACCUCGUAUUGUCCUGCUCAUCUUCGUGUCGGGGAAAGUGGUUCUGACCGGAGCUAAAGAGCGAGCUGAGAUCUACGAGGCGUUUGAGAACAUUUAUCCGAUCCUGAAGGGCUUCAGGAAGCAGUGAGGACUCCGGCAGCUCGUCUCUCGUCUGUAAAUACACGAUUCGGUAUAUUUGUCUGUUUUAUUUUAUGUCUGGCUGAAGAGCUGUCGG